UGGUCACGUUACGAUCGUCCGCCGUACGAAAGUUUUCGAAAUUUGUGAAGAGAAUUUGGAUAAGAAGGAGUAGUUUAUAAACGAGUUGCCGCAUAGAACGAUCCUGAAACAAUAAAUGCAUCAGAAGAAGGAUUAAAAGUGUGUUAUCAGAAGAGAAACCAAUCGAUAUUGUGGUCAGUGACCACAGUUGAAUUCAAAGCAAAAUGAAUCGAUUCACGGUUAAAACAGUGAUACCCAUAAACGGUCAAGGGUAUGAAAACCAGGCGUUUAAGCAAAUAAGUGACGAAAACCACCAGAAUGAACCACCAUCGGGAAACCACAACUCGUUGAAUGGUCUUGAUGCAUCCACUGCAGUCGAGGACCGGCGUAUCAGCAUAAUGGGGAUCACCAGAGAUCCACUGCCAAGGUUGGAUGCCUAUAGGACGUCAACGCGCAAAAAUAAGCGUCCAUCGAUUGGGGAACUGCAUGGGGACAGUGAUCCCAAGGAAAAGAAACAGGAUGCCGACGUCGAGGAGGCUGGCCAAUCCGGACACCACAUUCGCCUGGGCUGGAUCCAGGGAGUGCUGACGCCAUGUCUGCUCAACAUCUGGGGUGUGAUGCUCUUUCUGCGGCUCAGCUGGGUCGUGGCCGAGGCGGGAAUCAUCCAGAGCUUGAUGAUCACGGCGCUGUCGUACGUGGUGUGCGUCAUUACGACCCUGUCGCUGUCGGCCCUCUGCACCAACGGACAGGUCAAGAGUGGCGGCAUGUACUACAUCAUAUCCCGCUCGUUGGGUCCGGAGUUUGGCGCGUCCGUUGGUGUUGUGUUUGCGUUUGCUAAUGCCGUGAAUGCCUCGAUGAAUACGAUUGGAUUCUGCAGCUCGUUGAACGGUUUGUUGAAAAGCUACAAUGUGCAAAUUGUUGACGGAGACAUCAACGACAUCCGUAUCGUCGGGACAAUUGCUUUGCUGAUCAUGGUGGCAAUCUGCGCAGUUGGAAUGGAUUGGGAGGUCAAAGCUCAGAACUUUCUGCUGGUGGCCAUUCUGUUGGCUAUCGGAAGCUUCAUUGUUGGUGCCAUCAUCGGACCUACGGAUGAUGAGGAAAAGGCCAAGGGAUUUCUAGGAAUCACUGGUGGAGUUGUCGACCAAAAUCUUGGACCCGGGUAUCGAUUCAGUGAAGGAAUUCAGCAGAAUUUCUUCAGCGUGUUUGCAAUUUUCUUUCCGAGUGUCACUGGCAUCCAGAGUGGAGCCAACAUCUGUGGCGACUUGAAGGAUCCUGCGACGGCCAUUCCCAAAGGCACACUGCUGGCGUGUCUGAUUUCGGGCAUUUCCUAUAUUGUGUUUAUGGUGGUAGCCGGUAUGUCUGCUGUGCGAGAUGCCUCGGGCAGUUUGGCUGAUUUGGUUGGAAACAACUUCACCUCAUGCAGCACGGAACUUAAUAACUGUCACUACGGUCUAAACAACGAUUACGGAAUACUGCAGCUGAUGGCGAUCUCCAGCUGGUUGACCUACAUCGGAUGCUGGGCAGCUACUCUCAGUACUGCACUAACAAAUUUGCUCUCCGUGCCACGACUUAUUCAAGCUCUUGGUAUCGAUCAGAUCUACCCGGGUCUGAUCUUUUUUUCCAAAGGAUACGGCAAGCACGGAGAGCCUUACCGAGGAUACGUUCUUGUGUUUUUGGUGUCGUUUACAUUUAUCAUGAUUGCUAACCUGAACGUGAUUGCACCGUUGAUCACCAACUUCUUCCUGGCGGCUUACGCCCUGGUCAACUUCUGUACCUUCCAUGCAGCCACGGUGAAGCCUCUCGGAUGGCGACCAACCUUCAAAUAUUACCAUCCCUGGCUGAGCAUGCUCGGAACAAUCCUAUGUAUUGCCAUCAUGUUUUUGAUCGAUGUCGUAUCGACGUUCUGCGCCCUCGUCAUUAUCUUCAUGCUCUACCUGCUAGUCAUCUACCGCAAACCGAACGUCAACUGGGGUUCCUCAACGCAAGCGGCAGCCUACAAGUCGGCACUCAACGCUGCCAUCAAUUUGGAACAAGUCGGAGAACACGUCAAGAACUACAACCCACAGCUGCUCGUGCUCACAGGAAAACCACUUCAUCGACCAUCGCUGCUGAACUUUGCGAACUUGAUAACGAAAAACCACUCGCUCCUGAUUGCCGGACACGUGAUGGAGGAAAAGCUAACGUUCAAAAAGCGCCAGGUACUUAUGACGGAGGGGAAGAAAUUGAUGAACGAGCUUAAGCUGAAAUCUUUCUACACGAUCACGGACGGAUUGCCCAUCGAGGAUGGUGUUCGCACGAUGAUGCAGUCGACUGGCUUCGGAAAGCUGACGCCCAAUAUUCUGAUGGUUGGCUACAAGACAACUUGGCGCUCGUGUAACUCCGAUGAGCUGAAGCAGUACUACAACAUUUUACAUACGGCGUUCGACAAUCGGCUGGCCCUCACCAUCCUGCGUCUGCCCAACGGAAUCGACUGUUCCCAUCUCAUCCCGGAUAGUGAUACCGUGGACCCGCAGGAUCUGCAACCGGGAGCGGUUUCUCCGGCAGCUUUCGCCAACAGCCCGGCUGCUCAACGGCUUCAGAAGGGACUGAUGCCGGUCAACUCCAACCUUGACCUCCACGGCAUGGUUCCAAGCAGUGGCCAAAACACGGUUACCGCACCGAAUCCCGAAGCCCUGCAGAAAUCCACCCUCGCGGCUACCAAAGAAUUCUGCUUGUUUACUGGAAAGCAACCUGCCGGUUACAUCGACGUCUGGUGGCUGUACGACGACGGUGGACUCACGAUUCUGCUUCCGUACAUCAUUUCCACGCGGUCCAAGUGGUCCGACUGUCAAAUCCGGGUGUUUGCCCUGGCCACCAACCGGGCCAGCAUGGAGGAGGAACGCAACAACAUGAUAACCCUGCUUGAGAAGCUGCGCAUCAAUUACGUCACGCUGACGAUGGUCACGGUUAAGGACAAACCCCAGGAGGCCACCAUCCAGAUGCACCGGGCGCUGAUCGACACGGUGCUGGAGGACCAGGAAACGGAUACCUUCGUGAGCGAGUCGGAACGAAUUCAGCUGGAGGAGAAAACCAACCGACAGCUGCGGCUGAGGGAACUCCUGCUGCAGUACUCCAAGAACGCAUCGUUGAUCGUGCUGUCGAUGCCGAUUCCGAGAAAGGGAAUCGUAUCGGCACAGCUAUACAUGUCCUGGCUGGAAAUGUUGACGAAAGAUAUGCCCCCGUUCCUGUUGGUUCGAGGAAACCAAACUUCGGUGCUGACCUUCUAUUCAUAAGUGAAUAAAAUUCACAAUAUGAUGAAAUAAAAUGCUAAUAAUUUAUUGAAAAAAAUA